GUUUCGUUCUUCGUCAAUUUCUGCCUCUUCGGCUUCAGAAAACGAUACCCCACUCAGAAGCAUCUCCGUCACGCUCAGUCUCUGCUUUUGGCUGCUUUCAUUCGUUGGCACCUCACUCUUCCAGCUAUCUCAGGACACACACUUCUUAUAUGAUCGCUGACGGAUAUGGCAUCUUCUCUUCUCACAAGGAUGUUAUUGGGUCCUCGCCUCAUUCAUUCUUCGAGGCCCCAAAUACUCACUUCUUUCUUCAAUAAGAGUUCAUUUCCUCCACAAACUGUCCCAGCCUAUACUGCUCAAAAAACAAGGACAACUAGUUGGGCUCGAUUUGUCAUGGCUUCUUCCUCUAUUGUGACACAAGCUUAUUGUUCAACAGUGUCUGUAUCUACAGAUGAUCCUGUUGUUUCCGUGGAUUGGCUCUAUGCUAAUCUGAAGAAGCCUGAUAUGAAGGUGCUGGAUGCCUCCUGGUACAUGCCAGAUGAGCAGAGGAACCCAAUUCAAGAAUAUCAGGUUGCUCACAUUCCUGGGGCCCUUUUCUUUGAUGUAGAUGGAAUAUCAGAUCAAACUUCAAGUCUGCCACACAUGUUGCCAUCAGAAGAUGCUUUUGCUGCUGCUGUCUCUGCUCUUGGCAUAGAAAAUAAAGAUGGAUUGGUUGUUUAUGAUGGAAAGGGAAUAUUUAGUGCAGCUCGUGUAUGGUGGAUGUUCCGAGUUUUUGGGCAUGACAGAGUUUGGGUAUUAGAUGGUGGCCUGCCAAGAUGGCGUGCAUCAGGAUACGAUGUUGAAUCAAGUGCUUCUGGUGAUGCUAUAUUGAAGGCUAGUGCUGCAAGUGAGGCCAUUGAGAAAGUAUAUAAGGGACAAGCAGUUGGACCAAUCACAUUUAAGACUAAAUUUCAGCCACAUCUUGUUUGGACCAUCGAGCAGGUCAAGAAAAAUGUUGAGGAAAAAAGUCACCAACAUAUAGAUGCUCGAUCAAAGCCCAGGUUUGAUGGAGCUGUGCCAGAACCCCGCAAGGGAAUCAGAGGUGGUCAUGUACCUGGCAGCAAGUGCCUUCCUUUUGUCCAGGUGUUGGAUGCUUCACAAACAUUGUUACCGCCAGAUCAGCUUAAGAAGCGAUUUGAGGAAGAAGGAAUCUCUUUGGAAAGCCCAAUAAUGGCUUCUUGUGGCACUGGUGUGACUGCUUGCAUUCUUGCAUUGGGUCUGCAUCGUCUUGGAAAGUAUGAUGUACCGGUCUAUGAUGGAUCUUGGACUGAAUGGGGAGCACAUUCUGAUACACCAGUUGAAACUUCUUAAAUGCAAUUUAGCCGCAUUCUCAUGACCAGCAUGUUGAAUGUAUCUGUUGGCGAAGGGGCCACAUCCACCAUAGUCAACCUAGCGAGUCCGACAUUUUUUGUUUCUCUGCUUCUUCCCUUCUUUUCUCAAUGAUUAAGUAACUAAUGUCAUUGAACCUUGAUAAAAGUUGUUACUGAAGCUUGUUAUGUGGUUCAUAAAAAUAAUGUAAAUGGAUUGUUCAUGAGAACCUGAUAGAAAUUGUUAAACGUAAGGUAUUAGCUUGUUUCGGAUUCACUGAGAAGUUGAAUAUUGUCAAUGAGACAGAAAAUGACUUGCAUAAGA